GCAGUCCGUCUUAGAGGCAGUCCGUCUUGGUAAGGCAGUCCGUCUUGGUAAGGCAGUCCGUCUUGGUAGGGCAGUCCGUCUUGGUAAGGCAGUCCGUCUUGGUAAGGCAGUCCGUCUUGGUAAGGCAGUCCGUCUUGAUAAGGCAGUCCCUCUUGGUAAGGCAGUCCGUCUUGGUAAGGCAGUCCGUCUUGGUAAGGCAGUCCGUCUUGGUAAGGCAGUCCGUCUUGGUAAGGCAGUCCGUCUUGGUAAGGCAGUCCGUCUUGGUAAGGCAGUCCGUCUUGGUAAGGCAGUCCGUCUUGGUAAGGCAGUCCGUCUUGGAAAGGCAGUCCGUCUUGGGAAGGCAGUCCGUCUUGGUAAGGCAGUCCGUCUUGGUAAGGCAGUCCGUCUUGCUAAGGCAGUCCGUCUUGGUAAGGCAGUCCGUCUUGAUAAGGCAGUCCGUCUUGGUAAGGCAGUCCGUCUUGGUAAGGCAGUCCGUCUUGGUAAGGCAGUCCGUCUUGGUAAGGCAGUCCGUCUUGGUAAGGCAGUCCGUCUUGGUAAGGCAGUCCGUCUUGGUAAGGCAGUCCGUCUUGGUAAGGCAGUCCGUCUUGGUAAGGCAGUCCGUCUUGGUAAGGCAGUCCGUCUUGGUAAGGCAGUCCGUCUUGGUAAGGCAGUCCGUCUUGGUAAGGCAGUCCGUCUUGGUAAGGCAGUCCGUCUUGGUAAGGCAGUCCGUCUUGGUAAGGCAGUCCGUCUUGGUAAGGCAGUCCGUCUUGGUAAGGCAGUCCGUCUUGGUAAGGCAGUCCGUCUUGGUAAGGCAGUCCGUCUUGGUAAGGCAGUCCGUCUUGGUAAGGCAGUCCGUCUUGGUAAGGCAGUCCGUCUUGGUAAGGCAGUCCGUCUUGGUAAGGCAGUCCGUCUUGGUAAGGCAGUCCGUCUUGGUAAGGCAGUCCGUCUUGGUAAGGCAGUCCGUCUUGGUAAGGCAGUCCGUCUUGGUAAGGCAGUCCGUCUUGGUAAGGCAGUCCGUCUUGGAAAGGCAGUCCGUCUUGUCCGUCUUGGUAAGGCAGUCCGUCUUGGUAAGGCAGUCCGUCUUGGUAAGGCAGUCCGUCUUGGUAAGGCAGUCCGUCUUGGUAAGGCAGUCCGUCUUGGUAAGGCAGUCCGUCUUGGUAAGGCAGUCCGUCUUGGUAAGGCAGUCCGUCUUGGUAAGGCAGUCCGUCUUGGUAAGGCAGUCCGUCUUGGUAAGGCAGUCCGUCUUGGUAAGGCAGUCCGUCUUGGUAAGGCAGUCCGUCUUGGUAAGGCAGUCCGUCUUGGUAAGGCAGUCCGUCUUGGUAAGGCAGUCCGUCUUGGUAAGGCAGUCCGUCUUGGUAAGGCAGUCCGUCUUGGUAAGGCAGUCCGUCUUGGUAAGGCAGUCCGUCUUGGUAAGGCAGUCCGUCUUGGUAAGGCAGUCCGUCUUGGUAAGGCAGUCCGUCUUGGUAAGGCAGUCCGUCUUGGUAAGGCAGUCCGUCUUGGUAAGGCAGUCCGUCUUGGUAAGGCAGUCCGUCUUGGUAAGGCAGUCCGUCUUGGUAAGGCAGUCCGUCUUGGUAAGGCAGUCCGUCUUGGUAAGGCAGUCCGUCUUGGUAAGGCAGUCCGUCUUGGAAAGGCAGUCCGUCUUGGUAAGGCAGUCCGUCUUGGUAAGGCAGUCCGUCUUGGUAAGGCAGUCCGUCUUGGAAAGGCAGUCCGUCUUGGAAAGGCAGUCCGUCUUGGAAAGGCAGUCCGUCUUGGUAAGGCAGUCCGUCUUGGAAAGGCAGUCCGUCUUGGAAAGGCAGUCCGUCUUGGUAAGGCAGUCCGUCUUGGAAAGGCAGUCCGUCUUGGUAAGGCAGUCCGUCUUGGUAAGGCAGUCCGUCUUGGUAAGGCAGUCCGUCUUGGAAAGGCAGUCCGUCUUGGUAAGGCAGUCCGUCUUGGUAAGGCAGUCCGUCUUGGUAAGGCAGUCCGUCUUGGUAAGGCAGUCCGUCUUGGUAAGGCAGUCCGUCUUGGUAAGGCAGUCCGUCUUGGUAAGGCAGUCCGUCUUGGUAAGGCAGUCCGUCUUGGUAAGGCAGUCCGUCUUGGUAAGGCAGUCCGUCUUGUCCGUCUUGGUAAGGCAGUCCGUCUUGGUAAGGCAGUCCGUCUUGGUAAGGCAGUCCGUCUUGGUAAGGCAGUCCGUCUUGGAAAGGCAGUCCGUCUUGGUAAGGCAGUCCGUCUUGGUAAGGCAGUCCGUCUUGGUAAGGCAGUCCGUCUUGGUAAGGCAGUCCGUCUUGGUAAGGCAGUCCGUCUUGGUAAGGCAGUCCGUCUUGGAAAGGCAGUCCGUCUUGGAAAGGCAGUCCGUCUUGGUAAGGCAGUCCGUCUUGGAAAGGCAGUCCGUCUUGGUAAGGCAGUCCGUCUUGGUAAGGCAGUCCGUCUUGGAAAGGCAGUCCGUCUUGGUAAGGCAGUCCGUCUUGGAAAGGCAGUCCGUCUUGGUAAGGCAGUCCGUCUUGGAAAGGCAGUCCGUCUUGGUAAGGCAGUCCGUCUUGGUAAGGCAGUCCGUCUUGGUAAGGCAGUCCGUCUUGGUAAGGCAGUCCGUCUUGGUAAGGCAGUCCGUCUUGGUAAGGCAGUCCGUCUUGGUAAGGCAGUCCGUCUUGGUAAGGCAGUCCGUCUUGGUAAGGCAGUCCGUCUUGGUAAGGCAGUCCGUCUUGGUAAGGCAGUCCGUCUUGGUAAGGCAGUCCGUCUUGGUAAGGCAGUCCGUCUUGGUAAGGCAGUCCGUCUUGGUAAGGCAGUCCGUCUUGGUAAGGCAGUCCGUCUUGGAAAGGCAGUCCGUCUUGGUAAGGCAGUCCGUCUUGGUAAGGCAGUCCGUCUUGGUAAGGCAGUCCGUCUUGGUAAGGCAGUCCGUCUUGGUAAGGCAGUCCGUCUUGGUAAGGCAGUCCGUCUUGGUAAGGCAGUCCGUCUUGAUAAGGCAGUCCGUCUUGGUAAGGCAGUCCGUCUUGGUAAGGCAGUCCGUCUUGGUAAGGCAGUCCGUCUUGGUAAGGCAGUCCGUCUUGGUAAGGCAGUCCGUCUUGGUAAGGCAGUCCGUCUUGGUAAGGCAGUCCGUCUUGGUAAGGCAGUCCGUCUUGGUAAGGCAGUCCGUCUUGGUAAGGCAGUCCGUCUUGGUAAGGCAGUCCGUCUUGGUAAGGCAGUCCGUCCUGGUAAGGCAGUCCGUCUUGGAAAGGCAGUCCGUCUUGGUAAGGCAGUCCGUCUUGGUAAGGCAGUCCGUCUUGGAAAGGCAGUCCGUCUUGGUAAGGCAGUCCGUCUUGGUAAGGCAGUCCGUCUUGGUAAGGCAGUCCGUCUUGGUAAGGCAGUCCGUCUUGGUAAGGCAGUCCGUCUUGGUAAGGCAGUCCGUCUUGGUAAGGCAGUCCGUCUUGGUAAGGCAGUCCGUCUUGGUAAGGCAGUCCGUCUUGGUAAGGCAGUCCGUCUUGGAAAGGCAGUCCGUCUUGGAAAGGCAGUCCGUCUUGGAAAGGCAGUCCGUCUUGGAAAGGCAGUCCGUCUUGGUAAGGCAGUCCGUCUUGGUAAGGCAGUCCGUCUUGGUAAGGCAGUCCGUCUUGGUAAGCAGUCCGUCUUGUCCGUCUUGGAGGCAGUCCGUCUUGGUAAGGCAGUCCGUCUUGGUAAGGCAGUCCGUCUUGGUAAGGCAGUCCGUCUUGGUAAGGCAGUCCGUCUUGGUAAGGCAGUCCGUCUUGGUAAGGCAGUCCGUCUUGGUAAGGCAGUCCGUCUUGGUAAGGCAGUCCGUCUUGGUAAGGCAGUCCGUCUUGGUAAGGCAGUCCGUCUUGGUAAGGCAGUCCGUCUUGGUAAGGCAGUCCGUCUUGGUAAGGCAGUCCGUCUUGGUAAGGCAGUCCGUCUUGGUAAGGCAGUCCGUCUUGGUAAGGCAGUCCGUCUUGGUAAGGCAGUCCGUCUUGGUAAGGCAGUCCGUCUUGGUAAGGCAGUCCGUCUUGGUAAGGCAGUCCGUCUUGGUAAGGCAGUCCGUCUUGGUAAGGCAGUCCGUCUUGGUAAGGCAGUCCGUCUUGGUAAGGCAGUCCGUCUUGGUAAGGCAGUCCGUCUUGGUAAGGCAGUCCGUCUUGGUAAGGCAGUCCGUCUUGGUAAGGCAGUCCGUCUUGGUAAGGCAGUCCGUCUUGGUAAGGCAGUCCGUCUUGGUAAGGCAGUCCGUCUUGGUAAGGCAGUCCGUCUUGGUAAGGCAGUCCGUCUUGGUAAGGCAGUCCGUCUUGGUAAGGCAGUCCGUCUUGGUAAGGCAGUCCGUCUUGGUAAGGCAGUCCGUCUUGGUAAGGCAGUCCGUCUUGGUAAGGCAGUCCGUCUUGGUAAGGCAGUCCGUCUUGGUAAGGCAGUCCGUCUUGGUAAGGCAGUCCGUCUUGGUAAGGCAGUCCGUCUUGGUAAGGCAGUCCGUCUUGGUAAGGCAGUCCGUCUUGGUAAGGCAGUCCGUCUUGGUAAGGCAGUCCGUCUUGGUAAGGCAGUCCGUCUUGGUAAGGCAGUCCGUCUUGGUAAGGCAGUCCGUCUUGGUAAGGCAGUCCGUCUUGGUAAGGCAGUCCGUCUUGGUAAGGCAGUCCGUCUUGGUAAGGCAGUCCGUCUUGGUAAGGCAGUCCGUCUUGGUAAGGCAGUCCGUCUUGGUAAGGCAGUCCGUCUUGGUAAGGCAGUCCGUCUUGGUAAGGCAGUCCGUCUUGGUAAGGCAGUCCGUCUUGGUAAGGCAGUCCGUCUUGGUAAGGCAGUCCGUCUUGGUAAGGCAGUCCGUCUUGGUAAGGCAGUCCGUCUUGGUAAGGCAGUCCGUCUUGGUAAGGCAGUCCGUCUUGGUAAGGCAGUCCGUCUUGGUAAGGCAGUCCGUCUUGGUAAGGCAGUCCGUCUUGGUAAGGCAGUCCGUCUUGGUAAGGCAGUCCGUCUUGGUAAGGCAGUCCGUCUUGGUAAGGCAGUCCGUCUUGGUAAGGCAGUCCGUCUUGGUAAGGCAGUCCGUCUUGGUAAGGCAGUCCGUCUUGGUAAGGCAGUCCGUCUUGGUAAGGCAGUCCGUCUUGUCCGUCUUGGAAAGGCAGUCCGUCUUGGAAAGGCAGUCCGUCUUGGAAAGGCAGUCCGUCUUGGAAAGGCAGUCCGUCUUGGAAAGGCAGUCCGUCUUGGUAAGGCAGUCCGUCUUGGUAAGGCAGUCCGUCUUGGUAAGGCAGUCCGUCUUGGUAAGGCAGUCCGUCUUGGUAAGGCAGUCCGUCUUGGUAAGGCAGUCCGUCUUGGUAAGGCAGUCCGUCUUGGUAAGGCAGUCCGUCUUGGUAAGGCAGUCCGUCUUGGUAAGGCAGUCCGUCUUGGUAAGGCAGUCCGUCUUGGUAAGGCAGUCCGUCUUGGUAAGGCAGUCCGUCUUGGUAAGGCAGUCCGUCUUGGUAAGGCAGUCCGUCUUGGAAAGGCAGUCCGUCUUGGUAAGGCAGUCCGUCUUGGUAAGGCAGUCCGUCUUGGUAAGGCAGUCCGUCUUGGUAAGGCAGUCCGUCUUGGUAAGGCAGUCCGUCUUGAUAAGGCAGUCCGUCUUGGUAAGGCAGUCCGUCUUGGUAAGGCAGUCCGUCUUGGUAAGGCAGUCCGUCUUGGUAAGGCAGUCCGUCUUGGUAAGGCAGUCCGUCUUGGUAAGGCAGUCCGUCUUGGUAAGGCAGUCCGUCUUGGUAAGGCAGUCCGUCUUGGUAAGGCAGUCCGUCUUGGUAAGGCAGUCCGUCUUGGUAAGGCAGUCCGUCUUGGUAAGGCAGUCCGUCUUGGUAAGGCAGUCCGUCUUGGUAAGGCAGUCCGUCUUGGUAAGGCAGUCCGUCUUGGUAAGGCAGUCCGUCUUGGUAAGGCAGUCCGUCUUGGUAAGGCAGUCCGUCUUGGUAAGGCAGUCCGUCUUGGUAAGGCAGUCCGUCUUGGUAAGGCAGUCCGUCUUGGUAAGGCAGUCCGUCUUGGUAAGGCAGUCCGUCUUGGUAAGGCAGUCCGUCUUGGUAAGGCAGUCCGUCUUGGUAAGGCAGUCCGUCUUGGUAAGGCAGUCCGUCUUGGUAAGGCAGUCCGUCUUGGUAAGGCAGUCCGUCUUGGUAAGGCAGUCCGUCUUGGUAAGGCAGUCCGUCUUGGUAAGGCAGUCCGUCUUGGUAAGGCAGUCCGUCUUGGUAAGGCAGUCCGUCUUGGAAAGGCAGUCCGUCUUGGUAAGGCAGUCCGUCUUGGUAAGGCAGUCCGUCUUGGUAAGGCAGUCCGUCUUGGUAAGGCAGUCCGUCUUGGUAAGGCAGUCCGUCUUGGUAAGGCAGUCCGUCUUGGUAAGGCAGUCCGUCUUGGUAAGGCAGUCCGUCUUGGUAAGGCAGUCCGUCUUGGUAAGGCAGUCCGUCUUGGUAAGGCAGUCCGUCUUGGUAAGGCAGUCCGUCUUGGUAAGGCAGUCCGUCUUGGUAAGGCAGUCCGUCUUGGUAAGGCAGUCCGUCUUGGUAAGGCAGUCCGUCUUGGUAAGGCAGUCCGUCUUGUCCGUCUUGGUAAGGCAGUCCGUCUUGGUAAGGCAGUCCGUCUUGGUAAGGCAGUCCGUCUUGGUAAGGCAGUCCGUCUUGGUAAGGCAGUCCGUCUUGGUAAGGCAGUCCGUCUUGGUAAGGCAGUCCGUCUUGGAAAGGCAGUCCGUCUUGGUAAGGCAGUCCGUCUUGGUAAGGCAGUCCGUCUUGGUAAGGCAGUCCGUCUUGGUAAGGCAGUCCGUCUUGGUAAGGCAGUCCGUCUUGGUAAGGCAGUCCGUCUUGGUAAGGCAGUCCGUCUUGGAAAGGCAGUCCGUCUUGGUAAGGCAGUCCGUCUUGGUAAGGCAGUCCGUCUUGGUAAGGCAGUCCGUCUUGGUAAGGCAGUCCGUCUUGGUAAGGCAGUCCGUCUUGGUAAGGCAGUCCGUCUUGGAAAGGCAGUCCGUCUUGGUAAGGCAGUCCGUCUUGGUAAGGCAGUCCGUCUUGGUAAGGCAGUCCGUCUUGGUAAGGCAGUCCGUCUUGGUAAGGCAGUCCGUCUUGGUAAGGCAGUCCGUCUUGGUAAGGCAGUCCGUCUUGGAAAGGCAGUCCGUCUUGGUAAGGCAGUCCGUCUUGGUAAGGCAGUCCGUCUUGGUAAGGCAGUCCGUCUUGGUAAGGCAGUCCGUCUUGGUAAGGCAGUCCGUCUUGGUAAGGCAGUCCGUCUUGGUAAGGCAGUCCGUCUUGGUAAGGCAGUCCGUCUUGGUAAGGCAGUCCGUCUUGAUAAGGCAGUCCGUCUUGGUAAGGCAGUCCGUCUUGGUAAGGCAGUCCGUCUUGGUAAGGCAGUCCGUCUUGGUAAGGCAGUCCGUCUUGGUAAGGCAGUCCGUCUUGGUAAGGCAGUCCGUCUUGGUAAGGCAGUCCGUCUUGGUAAGGCAGUCCGUCUUGGUAAGGCAGUCCGUCUUGGUAAGGCAGUCCGUCUUGGUAAGGCAGUCCGUCUUGGUAAGGCAGUCCGUCUUGGUAAGGCAGUCCGUCUUGGUAAGGCAGUCCGUCUUGGUAAGGCAGUCCGUCUUGGUAAGGCAGUCCGUCUUGGUAAGGCAGUCCGUCUUGGUAAGGCAGUCCGUCUUGGUAAGGCAGUCCGUCUUGGUAAGGCAGUCCGUCUUGGUAAGGCAGUCCGUCUUGGUAAGGCAGUCCGUCUUGGUAAGGCAGUCCGUCUUGGUAAGGCAGUCCGUCUUGGUAAGGCAGUCCGUCUUGGUAAGGCAGUCCGUCUUGGUAAGGCAGUCCGUCUUGGUAAGGCAGUCCGUCUUGGAAGGCAGUCCGUCUUGUCCGUCUUGGAGGCAGUCCGUCUUGGUAAGGCAGUCCGUCUUGGUAAGGCAGUCCGUCUUGGUAAGGCAGUCCGUCUUGGUAAGGCAGUCCGUCUUGGUAAGGCAGUCCGUCUUGGUAAGGCAGUCCGUCUUGGUAAGGCAGUCCGUCUUGGUAAGGCAGUCCGUCUUGGUAAGGCAGUCCGUCUUGGUAAGGCAGUCCGUCUUGGUAAGGCAGUCCGUCUUGGUAAGGCAGUCCGUCUUGGUAAGGCAGUCCGUCUUGGUAAGGCAGUCCGUCUUGGUAAGGCAGUCCGUCUUGGUAAGGCAGUCCGUCUUGGUAAGGCAGUCCGUCUUGGUAAGGCAGUCCGUCUUGGUAAGGCAGUCCGUCUUGGUAAGGCAGUCCGUCUUGGUAAGGCAGUCCGUCUUGGUAAGGCAGUCCGUCUUGGUAAGGCAGUCCGUCUUGGUAAGGCAGUCCGUCUUGGUAAGGCAGUCCGUCUUGGUAAGGCAGUCCGUCUUGGUAAGGCAGUCCGUCUUGGUAAGGCAGUCCGUCUUGGUAAGGCAGUCCGUCUUGGUAAGGCAGUCCGUCUUGGUAAGGCAGUCCGUCUUGGUAAGGCAGUCCGUCUUGGUAAGGCAGUCCGUCUUGGUAAGGCAGUCCGUCUUGGUAAGGCAGUCCGUCUUGGUAAGGCAGUCCGUCUUGGUAAGGCAGUCCGUCUUGGUAAGGCAGUCCGUCUUGGUAAGGCAGUCCGUCUUGGUAAGGCAGUCCGUCUUGGUAAGGCAGUCCGUCUUGGAAAGGCAGUCCGUCUUGGAAAGGCAGUCCGUCUUGGUAAGGCAGUCCGUCUUGGUAAGGCAGUCCGUCUUGGUAAGGCAGUCCGUCUUGGUAAGGCAGUCCGUCUUGGUAAGGCAGUCCGUCUUGGUAAGGCAGUCCGUCUUGGUAAGGCAGUCCGUCUUGGUAAGGCAGUCCGUCUUGGUAAGGCAGUCCGUCUUGGUAAGGCAGUCCGUCUUGGUAAGGCAGUCCGUCUUGGUAAGGCAGUCCGUCUUGGUAAGGCAGUCCGUCUUGGUAAGGCAGUCCGUCUUGGUAAGGCAGUCCGUCUUGGUAAGGCAGUCCGUCUUGGUAAGGCAGUCCGUCUUGGUAGGGCAGUCCGUCUUGGUAAGGCAGUCCGUCUUGGUAAGGCAGUCCGUCUUGGUAAGGCAGUCCGUCUUGGUAAGGCAGUCCGUCUUGGUAAGGCAGUCCGUCUUGGUAAGGCAGUCCGUCUUGGUAAGGCAGUCCGUCUUGGUAAGGCAGUCCGUCUUGGUAAGGCAGUCCGUCUUGGUAAGGCAGUCCGUCUUGGUAAGGCAGUCCGUCUUGGUAAGGCAGUCCGUCUUGGUAAGGCAGUCCGUCUUGGUAAGGCAGUCCGUCUUGGUAAGGCAGUCCGUCUUGGAAAGGCAGUCCGUCUUGGUAAGGCAGUCCGUCUUGGUAAGGCAGUCCGUCUUGGUAAGGCAGUCCGUCUUGGUAAGGCAGUCCGUCUUGGUAAGGCAGUCCGUCUUGGAAAGGCAGUCCGUCUUGGUAAGGCAGUCCGUCUUGGUAAGGCAGUCCGUCUUGGUAAGGCAGUCCGUCUUGGAAAGGCAGUCCGUCUUGGAAAGGCAGUCCGUCUUGGUAAGGCAGUCCGUCUUGGAAAGGCAGUCCGUCUUGGUAAGGCAGUCCGUCUUGGUAAGGCAGUCCGUCUUGGAAAGGCAGUCCGUCUUGGAAAGGCAGUCCGUCUUGGUAAGGCAGUCCGUCUUGGUAAGGCAGUCCGUCUUGGUAAGGCAGUCCGUCUUGGUAAGGCAGUCCGUCUUGGUAAGGCAGUCCGUCUUGGUAAGGCAGUCCGUCUUGGUAAGGCAGUCCGUCUUGGUAAGGCAGUCCGUCUUGGUAAGGCAGUCCGUCUUGGUAAGGCAGUCCGUCUUGGUAAGGCAGUCCGUCUUGGUAAGGCAGUCCGUCUUGGUAAGGCAGUCCGUCUUGGUAAGGCAGUCCGUCUUGGUAAGGCAGUCCGUCUUGGUAAGGCAGUCCGUCUUGGUAAGGCAGUCCGUCUUGGUAAGGCAGUCCGUCUUGGUAAGGCAGUCCGUCUUGGAAAGGCAGUCCGUCUUGGUAAGGCAGUCCGUCUUGGUAAGGCAGUCCGUCUUGGUAAGGCAGUCCGUCUGGAAAGGCAGUCCGUCUUGGAAAGGCAGUCCGUCUUGGUAAGGCAGUCCGUCUUGGAAGGCAGUCCGUCUUGGUAA